CUCAUUUCGAUGGACACUGGCCGUUGGGUGCCUCGCACAGACAUUUUCUUCUACAACAUGAUCUACCGUUUGCCGAAGAGCAUUGUCCUAGGCUACGGUGGCCGGGCGGUCGAGUUUGAACACGACGCAGAACAAGAACAAGCACUAGGACUCCAACUAAGAAUACAAAAAAACUCGCAUUCUUCCUCAGCAGAGGGAAGCAAGAAUAACGAGAACUUCUGGGUCCAAGCCAUCCUGGAAUCCAGUCAGUUUCGUCCAGACGUGCACACCUACCGCUCUGAUUUUCCUUCCAGUCUCGUCAUUACCACUGCCGAAGCCAGCAAAGAGACUUCUUCUGGUGAGCGACAAGAAGAUGCGGAUAGUACUACGACCACCUCUAAAAGUAAGCAACCCCAUUUGCUUGGGCGCAAGUUCCAUUGCCAUGAAGAAAUCGAGGAGUAUUUCAAGUCUCUUUCCGGAAUCGAUCUUGCUUUGUACCAAAAUGAGCAAUCGCUGAUUCAAAAGAGCUCCGAAGUAGCCAAAGCAACGGCAGUGAAAGCAGAAGAUCAUGGUAGUUCUAAGGAACAUCAUGGUGCGUCGUCAUCUUCUAGGUCUCCGAAAGAUAAAAUAGCUGCGCCGCCCGCGUCUGAGCAACAACAAGCAGCACCUCGUAAAUUUUUCGUGCAGGGUGGGGAGCGUUACGGACGCGCUGAGUUCGUGGAGCAGCGUAUCCGACUCUUUGCAGGUCUUUCGUCGGGCUCAUGGAACGCUGAAAAUCUAGUCGUCUUGCUUCGUCGGGACUACUAUCAGCAAACCCUCACCCAGUACUGGAGCUAUUACUUUGAUCAUAGAACUACGAGGACAACUUCUCCGGAACAAAGCACUACCACUGGUGAAAAAGUAGAAGGAAUUAUUGACACACAGACGGGGACGACAGAGACACUGCCUGAACCAAGAGUUACGGAAGCUGAGAUAUUGCGCGCUGGUCACGGUCUAGGUCUACGUCUAGGAUCAUCAUCAUAUGGUGGAGAUGCGGAGGAGAAGGACUCAUUGGAAGCAACUGCUACUUUAUCUGAAGAUUCGGAGAGUCUUUACGAAAGCCUGCAAGGAAAUUCCUUCGAAAUUAUCUUCGGAUAUAAUGCUAUCGAGGUCGAUUUGCAGCACGGAGCAGGAAGUGCUGAUACAAAAACAGACAGCUCAGCAACAUUUCGGAACACUUUUCUGAAUCUGUUUCGUUGUGGGCACUACGAGAUGGCGUCGUCAGUCGAUCCCGCGGACGUCGGAGACCCUAAAUUACCGCGUUCUGUUUGGCGUGAUAGCAGUUGCGCUCUUUUCGCGGUGUUUCUGCACUUCUUUCAUUUCUGGAUGCGGCAUAGAUCUUUUCCGAUAAUCCCUCUCAAGUUCCUGCUUUUCCAAGUACCGUGGCGCGUCCUGGUGGUCGCACCUGAAGAGUCUGAGAACGUGGUGUCCUUUCCCUGGAACUUGUUUGAGAUAUUACACUUGUCAGCGGAGGAAAUGCUGUUACCAACUGCACGCCAAAAGAGCAGUGGUGAAGUUUCUUCUACGAACAGUGACGCUUCUUCUUCUAUUUCCAGUACAGAAAAAACUUAUACUUCUAGAAGUACAGAAGAAACUUCUACUUCUAGUACAGAAGAAACUUCUACUUCUAGUACAGAAGAAACUUCAUCAACAUCAUCUGCUGGAACAAGAAGAAGAACUAGGAGCACGGAGUCCUCCUCAUCACUAGUUGGCGAAGUAAUCCCUUCGGCUGUCCGGAAAACAAUGGCGGACAGAUUAGCAGCUUUUGUGAAAAAGACGGUAGAGGAACGCAUCGUGGAAUCCAUGGAUGCGGAUGGUGAAAGAGUAUCUUCUUUAGAUGAAGGCUUUGCUGAUGCUGAGGACUCUGUGAUCCUUGACUUUUCCCGAAGAAGUACUACACCAGUAUCUUCAACUGGAGAUGGGGGAACUGACACCAUUGAGCGUUUACCAUCCCUUGCGAGUCUAUUAGCUGAGUUGCAACGCACGAUUGUGUUCUACUUUUUGAGACGGCGUCGGAAGCUUGGACUUGUCGUUGCACAAUACAACACUGAAGAUGAAGUAGAACAAGAAAAGCAAGACCAUUCAGAUUCAGACGGAGCACGAGCAGAUCAAGGUCAACAACUUUCUUCACCUCCUAGUGGGAGUGCGGCCUCGGUCUCUAGUGGCGAGGACAAGGUACCACUUACAUUUUUCGAAAAGAAAUACGCUUUUCGUAGGGUCGAGACGCUGCUUCUUCGACGAGUCUUCGCAGAAUUGAAGUCAAUUUUCCGCUUACUGGCGAAGGUCAAGUUUCUGGAGUUAUUGCGUGCAAGCUUUUUCCGCAUUGUGUUGCUUAAUGGGGAAGAAUGCGGUCUGUUCUUGGAUUUGGAUCCGACAAAGAUUUCAUCAACAUCAGAUUCAGAAGCUGUAACUUCUCUAGAACAACUAGACAUCUGCCGAUUCCGGUAUUUGCCUCCUUGGCGACGGACAAAUUUUUCUCCGAUCGCAGACGCAAUAGUAGGCGAACUUCACUCCGAUGCCGAUUGGGUCUACGACGAAGAGGACAAUUACGCGAUUUUCAAAAGAGCGACUUCAACUGGAAGAGGUGACGACACUCGUCAGAGAGACGAAGCUUGUUAUAGAGACGGCACAAGCCCAGUUCAGCAUGCUGAUCAAAAGGUCCUUCCGACCCUUGCGUCGUACGACAGCGAAAAGCACGGGCUUUUCAACUACCUCUACCUGUUCAGGCACUCCUUUGCCCACGACGCAGCCAGACUAUCAGGAGAGGCGGAAAAAGCUGAAGAAAUCUGCGCGCAUCUAUCAAGGCAGCGUGGCUCUCUUGACAUGGAUGCAGUGGAGAAAAUAUUGGGCUAGAAAAGCAAGAAGCAAAGGCAAAAUCUACUUCGAAGAUGCGUUUUCUUUCAAAAAGAAAAGUAGAGGCAAAAGAUACCCAGUUGUACUGCUUGUAAUUGUGAAUCCAAUGACACUUCUCACACUCGGAAAGCCAAGAGUAAACCAGGAUAGAACAAGGAGUUCGAUUAUAUUCUUGUAACACUAUCAACAGCAUCACUCUCAGUGAAUCCAUACACGAAUGAUUCUGGAAUCACAGAAAGGAAUCUACAGAAUUUGACGUAAGUUUUUGCUCUUGAGGUAACAGUAUGCAAAGUCAUAGACAAGACGAGGUACCUUCUUUUUAGCUGUACAAUGAUGUGGAUGAACGUGACUGAGUCCGAGGAG